AUGAUCCGCGGCCUUGAAGGAUUUCUGCACGAUGCACAGCUUCUGCAAGAUGGGCAGCUGUCGUCGCUGAAGAAUACGCGGCUCGGUAUUGACUUGUCGUACUACCUGCGUCAGCUGCUCUCCUCGUCGCAGACGGCUGAGCCGCUGGUCGCUGCGAUCGGCGGCCAGCCGCUCGCGCUUAUCUCAAAGAUCGAGGCGGACCUGCGUGCACUGGAGCAGCACCGUAUCAAGCCGGUAUUUGUGCUUAACGGCCUGUCGCCCGCGAAGCGCACGCGGCCCUUUAGCUACGAAGACCGGCGUCCCGGCAUGCGCAAGCGGGCGUGGGACGCGUACGAGGCCGGAAACAUGGCGCUCGCGAACCAGAACCUGAGCGCGAGCAACAGUGUGCACUUCCCGGACCUGUACCGCAGCGUGCUGCGCAUGUUCCGGCACAAGCACAUUGACUUUAUCGUGGCGCCCUACCUUGCGACCGGUCAGCUGGUGCUCUUGGAGACCCAUGCAAAGCAGUACGUCCAUGCCAUGUACGGCCCGAUGGAGCUGCUUGCGUUCGAGCGCGUGGACAAGGUGAUUCUGCACCUCGACUUUGCUGCAGGCAAGUUCCAGUACGCGUCCAAGGCGGCGAUCAUGCGCGAGCUGCAGUGCUCCGAGAGCGAGUUUCUGGACACGGCGCUGCUCGCGGGUAUGGAGUACUGCUCGACCUUCCCCGCGCUGCAGGACGAGUCGACGGGGCUGUUGCAGCCCGCUGGCUCGCCGAGCGUGCGGGCGAUUAGCCACCUGGUGAAGCAGGCACGCAGCGGCUUUGCGCUCUGCAGCCAGUUUGCCGAGCACCCCAUGGUCGCCAAGGCCGCGUACCUCGACCAAUUUUGCCACGCGCGCACGAUGAUCAAGUACUCGCUGGUCCUCGCCCCCGAGACGGCGCAGGUGACGCCGCUCCCGCUCGCCAUGGGGCCGCUGCCCGGCAAGCCCGAAGGCACGCCGAAUGACGUGCCGUCGGACCUGCACGAGAUCUUCUCGUUCCGCCUGCCGGACGAGGUCUUCCAGUGCCUGUCGCGUGGCCUGAUGAGCUCGAGCGUGCUCGGCAGCCUGCUGAGCAGCUACGUGAUCGAGUCGGCGCCGCUCGACAACGGCGAGGCGGCCGAGUACCACAAGUUUGUGCGCGAGUUCCUCACCGAGUCUGCGCAGAGCCCGCGGUGCGUGGCGAUCGCGCUUGCCUGCGCGGCGCUGCACCCCUUUUGGCGUGGGCGCAAGGUUUCAGCUGUGUACUGGUUCCAGCCGCAGGUGGACUAUCCUGUGCCCCACGAGGCGCCCGUCACGCAGCAGCUGCUUGCGCGCAGUGACCGGUGGUACGUCCCUGCGGCGCUCCUGGACGAGGAGCUCCGCCGCCAAAACUCGGCGACGAUCGAUGUGUCGCUGUGCCUCAACACGACGGCCGACGCGGAGCGCGCCAAGCGCACGAUUAGCACGCGCGACGCGAGCGCGCGCCUCGGCAAGAAGGACGAGCUGGUGGCCAACUCGCUGUGGCGCUUCCUCGAGCUGCGCGACUUUCUCAACGAGCAGCACACGCACAGCGCCUAUGGCAAGGCGCUGCACGCUGCGCUGCAAAAGGUGCGCGUGAACGACCGUGUGCAAGAGCCGUUGUACCUCGCGCUCGAGCUGCUGCGUGCCAAUGUGCUGCACGGCGACGUGUACAGCGGCACGGCAUACAGUGGCGGCCCGUCGUUUGGGUCCGAGGCCGAAAUGCAGCACAUGCUCUUGGUGAUGCGCGUGCUCAGUCUUCUCCCGAUGGCCUUUAAGCCGCAGGCGUGGGACGCGCCGCUCUCGCGCGAGAUGCUUGUCUUUAACUCGUUCGCCAAGGCGCUCUCGCGCUCGCUGCGCUCGCUCGUGGAGAUGGUCACGCUGACGCUGCUGCUGAAAAGCGAAUCGCGCCAGCCGCGCGAGGACUAUCUGGACCUGAGCCUGAGCCUGCCGUUCCAGACGGACACCAACACGGGCAUGGGUAUCGUGGUCAAGUGCUACUUGGAUGCCAUCUAUACGCUCCACGGCGGCGCGAUCCAGGAAAACGAGAAGCAAAACGCCGACGUGGUCGAGUCAAAAGACACGGUCGUCGAGAUGCUGGUCGAGACGUUUGAAAAUAUCCGCGACGUGCCGCUGGAGUUGCGCCGGGGCUUUAGGCUCUGGGCGGCGCUCAUGGAAGCGAUCGAGGUGCUUGCUGCCGAGCAUAGCAUCACGCCCACGGUCGCGGAGCAGUUCCGUGCCGCGGACGCGUGGCUCAAGCCGAUGAUGCUGUAA